UGUCAAUGCAUUGGUGCCAUCCGGUUGAGAAGUGGAGGUCUGAUCUUGAACCAAAAAAACGUUCCAGCUGCAAGUACUCUGCGAAUACAUGAUGGAUGCAUCCAGGUCUAUAUAGGUUUCAAAGUAGCCAAGGCCGACAUAACCUGAAAAGGCCGCCACCUGUGCAGUGACAUCAUGAACAAACAGCCAAGCAAAGAGAGCCUAAAGGAGAAGGUGAAGGGGAUUUUGGGCCUGGGACAAACACGACAACCAACCAAACAGAGCGAAUCAAAGCCUUCGGAAUUUAUAAUUACAUCGGAAAUUAUAAAGGAGCUACAGCCUGAUUGUGGCCUCAACAACCGGGUCAAAAUAAUGAAUCAAGUGUGUGAUCUGGCUAAAACAAAAAAGUUUGAAGAGCAUGCUGUGGAGGCCGUUUGGAAAGCAGUGGAGGAUAUGUUGGCUCCAGAGCAGCCACCUGAGGCCAGACACGCUGUUCUGCAGCUGCUUAGGGCCAUCAUUCAGGGACAGGGGGAGAGACUUGGACCUCUCAGAGCCUUCUUCUUCAAAGUAAUUAGAGACUAUCAGCCAUGCAACGAGGACCUGUCAGAGAGGCUGGAAGUUUUUAAAGCGCUCACAGAGAGUGGAAAAGACAUAACAUACCUGGAGGAGGACAUCGCACGGUUUGUCCUCCUGUGGAUGGACAUUGGCCUAACCUCUGACUUUCUCCAUGUACUUGUCAAUAUUGUGAAGUUCAACAGCUGCUAUCUGGAUCAGAAUGUUUCAGUCAUGGUCCAGAAAAUAUGUCUUUUGUGCAAUCGAACAACCUCCUCUACUGACAUAGAAGUGGCAUUGCAAGUUUUAGAUGCAGUGGUAUGCUACAACUGUCUCCCUUCCGACUCGCUCACCAUUUUCAUUAUUACACUUUGUCGCACUGUUAAUGUCAAAGAGUUUUGUGAAUCCUGCUGGAAGUUAAUGAGGAAGGUCUUGGGGACUCACCUUGGCCACAGUGCUAUUUACACUAUGUGUAGAAUAAUGGAAGAGAGGGCAUACCAGGAAGAUGCACCAUUGUUAAGGGGAGCUGUAUUUUUUGUUGGAAUGGCACUGUGGGGUGCACAUAGACUCCCUGCUCUCAAAAACACACCCACCCUCGUCCUGCCAUCUUUCUAUAAGGCAAUGUCGUGUGCCAAUGAAGUGGUUUCAUAUGAAAUCGUCCUGUCUAUAACUAGACUUAUAAAAAAGUAUGGGAAGGAACUGCAGGUGGUCACAUGGGACAUCUUACUCAGUAUCAUUGAGAGACUACUGCAGCAGAUCCAGACAAUUGGAAGUGUGGAGUUAAAGACUAUUGUUUAUGAGCUGCUGACCACUGUAGAGGAACUGUAUGAACAGAACGGUUACCAUGGCUCCACAGAGAAGUUUUUCAGUCUGGUGGAAAAAUGUGCCGAAAAGAGAUCUGAUGCAUCAGUGCUAACACUCAUAUCAUACAGAGCUCAGUCUAUCCAACCAGCCAAGGAUGGGUGGAUUCAAAGCCUCUACCACCUCAUGGAGAAGUUUUUCAGGAAUGAGACGCGCAGUGUAAUAAGGAUUAAAGUUCUUCACAUCCUCUCCUUUGUUUUGAGUACCAAUCGACAGCUCUAUGAGGAUGAGUUGAUUGAAAUGGUAGUAAUUCCUCAGCUCAGUGGGAUAGCGGAGGACCGGGACCUCGCUGUGAGGAAACAGGCCACUCAACUCCUGGUGGAUCUGGCGGAGGGCUGCAACACUCACCACUUCACCAGUCUGCUAGAUAUUAUAGAGCGGGUGGCCAGUCGCUCUCUGGUGUGUUCAGGACCUUUGGAGAUUUCUGAAAGAGAUCUCUCUGCUGAGUCGCCAAUGGAGGAUGUUCGAACAGCUAUCCUUGGUCUCCUAGAAAUCCUACAGAGUAAGCUUUACAGUCUGCCGGCAAGCCAUGCCAGUCGUGUGUAUGAGCUCCUUAUCAGUCAUCUGCAGCUUCACUAUAAGAACAAGUACUGCUCAUCAAUUGCAUCCAGUAUUCGUCUUCAGGUUUUUGAUUUCUUCCUGAUGAUGCGUGCCGACUCUCUUCAUCGCAUUGGGGUGCCAAAUAAAGAUGGGGCCAUAAGAUUCAGUCCAUAUUGCUACUGUGAUGCAGGGGAGUCAGAGAAACGUGUCAGUGAAAAGAAGCCAACAGGAUCAACAUCACCCCCUGCUGGCAGCCCUGCACCUCCUGCCCCACCAACUCCUGCAGCAGCUUCAGUCCGCACAGCGUACCUGCCCUAUGCACCUGCCUUUAGUGUGCUUCUACAGUGUCUCAAGAUGGAGACCGAUUGGAAGGUGUUGAAGCUGGUCCUUGAUAAGUUGCCAUGGACACUGCAGUACAAAAUGCUUCUACUCACCUCGCUGUGCAGCUUAGACCAACUCUGUUCUCACCUCUGCAGCAUGGUGACAGAUCGCUUGAUCUCUGAACGUUUGAAGAAAACUCCAGAAGGAUUUUCUAGAACUGAUGUGCAGUUGGCAGUGGUGCCCGUCCUCACUGCCAUUACAUCCUAUCACAACUAUUUGGAACAGUCCAGACAGAGGGAGCUGGUUCAAUGCCUGGAGACCGGCCUCAUUUACCGCUGUGCCAAACAGUGUGUGGUGGCUUUGACCAUGUGCACUGUAGAGAUGCCCGACAUCAUGAUAAAGCUACUCCCUGCUCUGAUCGUGAAGCUCACCCACAUCUCUGCCACUGUCGCCAUGGCGUCACCGAUGCUUGAGUUCCUUUCUACUUUAGUCCGCCUACCGCAUCUUUAUGCCAACUUUGUGGCUGAGCAGUAUGUUAGUGUGUUUGCCAUCUCGCUCCCUUACACAAACCCAUCGAAGUUUAACCAGUAUAUAGUGUCUCUUGCCCACCAUGUGAUCGCCAUGUGGUUCAUCCGCUGCAGACUUCCCUUCCGCAAGGACUUUGUGCAGUACAUCACAAAGGGUCUGCGAUCCAAUGCACUUCUGCCGUUUGAUGAUAGUCAUGAACAAAGCUCAUUUCGCGCCAGAAGCACAAGCCUCAAUGAAAGACCUAAGAGUCUGCGGGCAGCUAAAGUGGCAAAGGCAGCAGCAGUGGCAGUUGCCAAUAGCCAGUCUCCUGUUAAAGAACUGAGGGACCUGUCCGCCAUGGAUGCUUUCCGGUCCCGCAGCAUCAGCGUCUCCGAUCACGCGGUCCGCAGGAUGCAUACAUCGACCACCACCUGCAGUCUGGGCUCUGCUGAUGAGAACUCUGUGACUCAGGCGGAUGAGGGACUGAAGACCGUCCACCUGGAGCUCACGGAGACCUGCCUGGACAUGAUGGCUCGCUAUGUCUUCUCUAAUUUCUCUGCUUUACCCAAGAGGUCUCCUAUAGCUGAGUUUCUUCUCGCUGGAGGUCGUAGCAUGACCUGGCUCGUUGGCAACAAACUUGUUACCAUAACGACAAGUGGAGGGGUCCGGACACAAGCUCUUCUGGGUUUGGACAUGAACGAGCACCUGGGUGGAGGAGGAGAGAUGACCAGGUCUGACCCAUCGCUGCACACCAGAAUAACCAAAGAGGCUCCAGCCAAACUAGAGUCCCAGUCAAGCCAACAGCAGAACAGACGCAUUCGGGUUCGCUCCAAAUCAGGAGGUCAUGCUCUCCGCGCUGGUCCAGCUCAGAGUCUCAGCCCUCUGGUGUCCCCCUCUGAGGGUGAGUUAGCUGCCCCUCUCUCACCCUCCGCAGGACCACCUCUGGAGGUUUUGGGGCCUCCCUCCUCCACCACAUCGACUGCUCCUCCUCCGCUCAAAGACCACGCCAGUCUGGCACAGUUCGUGCCCAUGCUCACACAGGGCUGGGCUGAGAUCUUCAUCCGCCGCCCGUCUGGGAACACGAGCUGGCUCAUGUGUUUGGAGAACCCUCCCAGUCCAUUCUCCUCUGAGCUGGGGAACAUGCCUCUGCAGGAGCUGUCCAGUGUGCUGAUGUCCAUGGAGGGUGUGAAGGAGCCCCCCACUCAAACAGCCAGUGCCCCAGCCAGCACAGCCACCCCUGCUCCUGUGUCUGAACCUCAGGCACUCGGCAGCCACUCGGGGAAAGCCAACCUCAUCCAGCGCUCCAACACAGUGGGCGGCUCUCUCUGGUCUCUGAGUCAGGGCUGGGUCCCCUCAGGACCCCCGGCCCCGGGCAGGCUGCACAGGAGCAUUUCCUGGGCAGAUUCGGUGGUAGUGCUGGAUGGGGGUUCAGGGGUCAAUGCACCUCGCACCGAUGGGCUUGAGAGUGAGGAGUCUGAGGCCAUGCCCUCUGACCCCAUCUUCAUGUCAGCAGACAAGUUCACGAAGAGCCAUGGGACACUCAGCCGGUCAUCUUCUACCUCCAGUCAAGAUGAUGAGAAGUCCACACUGGAGGAGGUCAGUGAGGGGGCCAUCCCCAUAGACCAGCCCGCGGUGGGACCAUCCACUCCUGGACAGGGGCCAGAGCUCCCCUUUCAGACACACAGUCAGUCCCAGGGCCACGGCCUGAACAAGUCCAGCUCCUCCCCAGAGCUCCAAACAUUGCCUGAGGCGUUCUCCAAGGCUGCUCUAGAGUCGGACACCAGAGACUCAUCCCGGCCAAGAGCACCCUCAGAUGGAAAACCCCCACUACAUUUGGAAAAGGACAAAGAGGCUGUCAAUGGACUGGGACAGGCCUCAGAGGGUCCAACUGUAGUAUCGUCCCAAAAUGUUGGGGCCAAGAUGAGACUGGAGUUCCCCACAGCAGCAGCAUCCCAGGGGCCAAUCUCUCCAGGAGGGGGCCACCGUCCGAGAGGCCACACCAUCUCUGUGUCGGCCCCUUCAUCACGCAGAGAGAGGCGUGCUGACCGGGACUCUUAUCAAAGCCGCUCUGGACCCAGCAACUCAGAGAAGAUGUCUGGGCUCAGUCCAAGUUUUGUUUUUCUCCAGCUUUAUCACUCUCCUUUCUUUGGAAAUGAAGCAAACAAGCCCCUGCUGCUUCCCAAAACUCAGGUGAUUGACCGUGCUGUGAAGGUUCUGGACCAAAUGCCCCCUUAUGACACCCAUAAGAUUGGAGUGGUAUUUGUAGGGGCUGGUCAGGUUAACAAUGAGGUGGCCAUAUUGUCCAAUGAAUAUGGCUCUAACCGCUACGCUGCCUUCCUCACUGGUCUGGGUAAAUUAAUCCAUCUGAAGGACUGUGACCCCGACCAGAUUUUUUUGGGUGGACUGGACCAGUACGGAGAUGAUGGAGAGUUCACUUACUGUUGGCAUGAUGACAUUAUGCAAGCCAUCUUCCACAUUGCCACACUGAUGCCGAACCGAGAGAGUGACAAAGGCUGCUGCAACAAAAAGCGACACAUUGGCAAUGACUUUGUGAUGGUGGUUUACAACGACUCCGGGGAGGAAUACAAGCUGGGCACAAUAAAGGGUCAGUUUAACUUUGUGGAAGUAAUAAUAAAACCUCUCGAUUAUGAAUGUAAUCUUGUGACACUCCAGUGCCGCAAAGAUUUGGAAGGGUUAGUGGACACAACUGUUGCAAAAAUAGUGUCAGAUCUCAACCUUCCUCUCCUAGUGAGACAGAUGGCUCUGCAUGCAAACAUGGCCUCUUUGGUUCAUCAGUACAGAGCUAACCCAUCUGAUGCUUAUGCCUCCAAGUGGCUGGCCAGACUGAGGCACAUCAAGCGCAUUCGGACAAGGGCACAGGAGGAUAUCCAGUCCCGCUCCACACCGGGCAUCUCACUGACACAGGGCCAUUCGCAGAAGUCUGUCCAACAAAACCCUGAAGCUGCAGGUCAACGAAAGAGACUGGUUUCAACGGUUGAUGAUUUUACAGAUUUUGUUUGACAAAAAACACUGUUAAUUGAGUGUUUGGAUGAUGUCAAGAUGAAGUGCACACAGUAGUUUUGAUAUGAACUUACUCAAUGGAAGAUGAACCACAAAAUAUUUAGGCUUCUGAAAUAAAAAC